GGAAAGUGCAGGUUUCCUAUGUUAUUCGAGAUGGAAGUGGAAAAGUACAAUCGAAAUGGAGUCAAUGCCCUGCAGCUGGAUCCAGCACUAAAUAGACUCUUCACAGCCGGUCGAGACUCCAUCAUAAGAAUAUGGAGUGUCAAUCAGCACAAGCAAGAUCCGUAUAUAGCAUCUAUGGAACACCAUACUGAUUGGGUAAAUGACAUUGUACUCUGUUGUAAUGGGAAAACAUUAAUAUCCGCUUCUUCUGACACAACAGUAAAAGUAUGGAAUGCACAUAAGGGAUUUUGCAUGUCAACAUUAAGGACACAUAAGGAUUAUGUAAAAGCCUUAGCAUAUGCCAAGGAUAAAGAACUGGUCACAUCGGCUGGGUUGGACAGACAAAUAUUCCUUUGGGAUGUGAAUACUCUAACAGCAUUGACUGCCUCAAAUAACACUGUCACAACUUCUUCUUUAAGUGGGAACAAAGAUUCCAUUUAUAGCCUGGCAAUGAAUCAACUGGGAACAAUCAUUGUAUCAGGGUCCACUGAGAAGGUUUUAAGGGUAUGGGAUCCAAGAACAUGUGCAAAACUAAUGAAGCUUAAAGGGCACACAGAUAAUGUAAAAGCAUUGCUGUUGAACAGAGAUGGCACACAGUGCCUUUCUGGCAGUUCUGAUGGGACAAUUCGCAUUUGGUCUCUUGGCCAGCAGAGAUGUAUAGCCACAUACUGAGUCCAUGAUGAAGGUGUUUGGGCUCUGCAAGUCAAUGAUGCCUUCACCCAUGUCUAUUCCAGAGGAAGGGACAGGAAGAUUUAUUGUACAGAUCUGAGAAACCCUGACAUUCGGGUGCUCAUUUGUGAAGAAAAAGCACCAGUUCUCAAGAUGGAGCUUGAUAGAUCAGCUGAUCCCCUUCCUGCAAUCUGGGUUGCAACAACUAAGUCUACAGUAAAUAAAUGGACAUUGAAGGGAAUUCAUAAUUUUAGAGCCUCUGGAGAUUAUGACAAUGACUGUACAAAUCCUAUAACACCCCUUUGUACAUAACCUGACCAGGUUAUUAAAGGGGGUGCUAGUAUUAUUCAGUGCCAUAUUCUUAAUGAUAAGAGACAUAUAUUAACCAAAGAUACUAAUAAUAAUGUGGCAUAUUGGGAUGUAUUGAAGGCGUGUAAAGUUGAAGAUCUGGGCAAAGUGGAUUUUGAAGAUGAAAUUAAGAAAAGAUUUAAGAUGGUAUAUGUGCCAAAUUAGUUCUCAGUAGACUUAAAAACAGGGAUGUUGACUAUUACUUUGGAUGAGAGUGACUGUUUUGCUGCUUGGGUUUCUGCAAAAGAUGGUGGCUUCAGCAGCCCUGAUGGGUCAGAUCCAAAAUUGAACUUAGGGGGACUUUUACUUCAGGCACUCCUCAAGUAUUGGCCUAGAACACAUGUGAAUCCAAUGGAUGAAGAAGAAAAUGAAGUAAACCAUGUAAAUGGGGAACAGGAUAACCGAGUACAGAAGGGAAAUGGAUAUUUUCAAGUGCCCCCACACACCCCUGUGAUCUUUGGUGAAGCUGGAGGUCGCACACUGUUCAGGCUGCUCUGCCGAGGUUCGGGGGGUGAGACGGAGUCGAUGCUUCUUAAUGAGACGGUGCCACAAUGGGUAAUUGACAUCACUGUGGAUAAAAAUAUGCCCAAAUUCAACAAAAUUCCUUUCCACCUCCAACCUCAUGCAUCUUCAGGAGCAAAAACCUUAAACAAAGAUAGACUCUCUGCUAGUGACAUGCUCCAAGUUCGGAAAGUAAUGGAACAUGUUUAUGAGAAAAUCAUCAAAUUGGAUAAUGAGUCCCAAACCACUAGCUCUUCUAAUAAUGAAAAACCAGGAGAACAGGAAAAAGAAGAGGAUAUUGCUGUGCUGGCAGAGGAAAAAAUUGAACUUUUGUGCCAGGACCAGGUUUUGGAUCCAAAUAUGGACCUUCGAACAGUGAAACACUUCAUAUGGAAGAGUGGUGGUGACCUCACCCCACAUUACCGUCAGAAGUCCACGCAAAGGUUGGGCAAAUGCUCCUGGCUAUUUAUUUACUGA